AUGUUUGCGUUCCUCGAAAAACCGAGGAACGAGAUUCCGUACGAAAAUCGUAAAAAUUUGCCAAAUGGUUUGAAAGGAUAUUAUGUACAUAGACUUCUUGUAAAUGCUGUUGCAAUGUGGGCUUCACCUCGUUACGCUUGUUAUAUUUUCAUGAUGUUAGAUGAAAUUCAUAGACAAGAACGUGAAGAGAUGGAAAAGAAACUUCAAGCAAAAGAUGAAGUCAUUGAAGCAAAAGACAAAAACAUACAGAAAAGAAUACCACGUUCGGUACCAAAAGGAAAGGAAAAGAACUAUAAGUAUAUGAUUUACACUGAAGAGAUGGAAAAUGAAGAAGACAGAGAUAUGGUUAUGUUGCAUUUAGUCAGAAGAAACAACAAAAGCUUUUACGACCUUGCUAAGAUUUACAAAUCUGACAGAAAUUGGUUCUAUCGCGAAAACUUACCGAUUUCAAUGACACCAAAUGAAGAUGUUAAACAGAUAGUUCAAGAUACGUUACCUCAAACACACUAUGAUAUGAAAGGUUGUACAAUACUUACAUUCAAAGAAGAUUUGCCGCUACUGAAGGAAAAGAUAACAGAGUAUUUCGAUAACUUCAAAGAGGAAGAGUAA